UGCAUUGAACACAGAUCUACAACAUCCACACGCUAGCUCCUCAGUUUAGCACACUAUAUUAAUGCUGAUCUAGAUUUAAUCUCUCCUUCAGUUGAGUUUUAAAGAAACGUCCUUUAUUGGUUCAGAUCUGAAUAUUUUCUGGAUGAAGACGUGGAUUUUACUUUCACUGGCAGCUCUGUCUGCCGUGUGUUCGGCACAGCAGGACUGUCGGCGUGGAGCCUGUUACCCAGCAAUGGAUGAUCUGCUGCUGGGUCGGGAGCAGAACCUGCGUGCAUCCUCCACAUGCGGUCUAAUGGGCUCUGAGGUGGUCUGUUCUCCACACGGACAGUGGAAGAUGAAAUGUUGUCCGUGUGAUUCUCGCAAUCCCGCGGCGUAUAACGCACACACCAUCCAGAACGUGAUUUCCAGCGCCGGACCGAACCGAUGGUGGCAGUCCAAGAAAGAUGUAAGUCCUGUGACGCUGCAGCUGGAUCUAAAUGGACAGUAUCACCUGGAAACUGUUUUCCUCUCAUUCAAGGGCCCGAGGCCUGAUGCGCUAAUCAUCGAGAGGUCGAGAGAUUACGGUCGGUCCUGGCAACCUGUCCUGUACAUGGCCACCAAUUGUCCAUCCACUUUUCCUCGGGUCAGCACUUCAUUUCCUCGCAGCUUUGAAGAAACAUACUGCUACACGCUGCCGUCCACUGCAGAUGACCCCUACAAGGACCAGAAGAUUCACUUUUACCCUCUUCGUCAGUUUGCUGACAUUAAUCUACCCAACGAAUACAAAAUUGAAGUGGCGUCCGGGUUCACUGGUCUGCGGGUCAAUCUGACCCAGUUGGGUCCGGUUCCCAGUCUGCCAGGUCGCGGUCUGAGUCAGUAUUAUGCUUUAAGAGAGAUGAAGGUCAUCGGCUCCUGUUUCUGCCAUGGACAUGCCAACCGCUGCCUUCAGGACACCAGCAACAACUACCUGCCCAACACACCGGUUGGCGGUGUGUGUGAGUGUCAGCACAACACGGCCGGUGUGAACUGUGAUCGAUGUGACGAGUUCCAUAAUGACCUCCCCUGGAGACCAGCAGAGAGCGGAAACACACAUGCCUGCAAACGCUGUGAGUGUAAUAAUCACUCUGAACGCUGCCACUUUGAUCCGGAGCGCUACGAGGCGACGGGCCGCAGCAGUGGAGGAGUGUGUGACGCGUGCGCACAUCACACCACUGGACCACACUGUGAACGCUGUGAGCGAAACUACUACCCCAACCCACUGAGUGACAUGAGGAGUGCAGACGCCUGCCUGCAUUGUCUGUGUGACCCGGCGGGCUCAGAGAACGGUGGUCAGUGUGACGCAGUGACAGGAGUGUGUGUGUGUAAGCAGAAUGUGGAGGGCGAGCGCUGCGACCGCUGCAAAGCUGGAUUCUACAACCUCAACGCCAACAACCCGCUCGGCUGCUCCAAGUGUUCCUGUAGUUCCGUGGGUUCGCUCAGCGGUGUGUGUGAUCAGCUGACGGGUCAGUGUGUGUGUCGCUCCAAUAUGGAGGGAUUGUGGUGUGAUCGCUGCGCUGCGGGUUACUGGAACCCCUCAUCACCCAGCGGAUGCCAACCCUGUGGCUGUGACCCCAAUACUGCCUACAGUGCCAGCUGUGACCAGCGCACCGGCCAGUGUCAAUGCCGUCCUGGCAACGGGGGCCGGACUUGCAGUGGUUGCCCUGACAACACAUACGGAGACCCUCUGAUUGGCUGCAGAUCAUGUGACUGCGACCGUUCGGGCUCUGAGGCGUGUGAUAAGCGCACCGGUGUGUGUCGCUGUAAACCGGGUGUUACCGGCCCCCGCUGUGACGCCUGCAGCCGCGGGCACUGUGCCAGUUUCCCACAAUGCCCUGCGUGCCCGUCCUGCUUCUUCAGCAUGGGUUUGCAGCUGCAGGAUCUGACAGUGGAUCUGGAACGGCUCAGUAACCAGCUGCUGUGGUCCGGCGGUCAGCCCACAUCCGGCAACACCUCGCGCAGGAUCCAGACGCUCCAGCAGACGCUCACGCUCAUACAGCUGAGCCUGGGGGACACACCACAGUCUGGACGCACUGCAACGGACGCCCUGCAGAGACUCAACACACUCAGGUCUCAGAUGAGGGCUUUGAGGGAUGAUCUGCCUCCGCAACCACUGGACCGGGAUCUGGAGCGAAGUCUGGACGAUCUGCAGAAUCUCUUAUCAUCUCUGCGACUGGACUUUUUCACCAAGAGACACGGCAUUAACGGCGCCGGCGGAUCCAUCAAUGCUAGUGCUUUCUACGCCAUUCAGAAGUCAUUCGAUAAGUCGACAGAUGCCGUCAGGCGAGCAAACGCCACUAAAGACACGCUGAAGAACUCUGAAGGCAUCCGAGAAAAUGCGUUGAGCAGCUUAUACGAUGUUCAGCCUGGAAACACCAAAGAUCUCGAGAAGCUGAAGAAGGAUCUGGCAAGCCGGCCCAAUCUGACGCCCACCGCCGUCAAGGUGUGUGGCGGAGAUCGUGUGGAGCCGUGCACUCCAGAGCGCUGCACAGGGGAUGUGUGUCCUCCUGAUGGAGCGCCUCCGUGUGGAGCGGAGGAAAACUGCACUGGAGCUCUUCCUAAUGCAAACAGAGCCUUUCAGGACGCGGAUGAAGUGAAGGCCAAACUGCAGGAGCUCAACGAUAAAAUAACAAAAGCAGCAGCACAGAUUCAGGAAGCUGAAGAUUCGGCCAAUAGGGUAAGACUUUCCACCGACAAACUGGCCAAUCAGAUCAAGCAGGCACGAGCCGAUGUGGACGGAGACCUGAAGGACACCAAAGACUUCAUAAACACUCUGAGGGACUUUCUGUCCGACCCUCAGUCAGACCCGGAUCAGGUGCAGCGCGUGUGUGACGGCGUUCUGGAGGCUCAGUUUCCCACCAGUGUGGAGAAUCUGAAGAGGAAGCUGAAGGAGAUUCAGGAUGCGAUGAAGUCUGUCCCUGACAGCAGUGGAGCUCUGGAGGAUAGCAGAGCACAGCUGGAGGAGGCCAAACAACUGCUGGAGAGAGCUAUAAACACACGUGACGCGGCAUUUGGCAUCCAGCAGGACGCGAAGGGCAUUCUGAAGACGAUGGACGAAAACGAGAACAUUUUGGAUGACAUGAAGGACAAAAUCAAUCAAAGUGCAACCAUCGCGGAAAACGUCAAGAAGGACAUUCAGCAGAUUGAGGACGCUCUGGCUCCCGCAGAGCAGGGGAUUGUGGGUAUCCCAGAGCUGCUGGAUGAGAUGCGCCCCCUGCUGGACUCCCUGAAGACAGACGUGCCGACAGGAAAAACGCUAGCAGACGAUGCUCAAAAACAGGCGUAUUUAGCUCAAGACGAGGCCGACCGUGCCGCAGAGGAUCUGGAGGAGCUGAAGCAGGCGUUGGAGCAGAUGAAGCUGGCGGCGGCUGAAAACAGUCAAGCUGGAGAAGAUUCAGUGCGUCUGCUGAACCUGCAGAAGGAGGCGGAGUCUCUGAUGACGGACACUUCUGACAUCAUCAAGGCUCUGAAAGAUAAAGAGGUGUCGAUUCUGCAGAGAGCGGCAGACAUCGAGGGGAACAGCACUCGUCUGCUCGGGCUGGACGCUCAGGUGGAGAAACUCCGAGAUGAUAUUCGCAAUAAAGUCACCAGACUGAACAUGUGCCAGGGCUGAGGAGAACACCACACACACACACACCACACACACACACACUCAACACAGCAAGAAUACUAUAGUCAUUUAUAGUAAACACUGUAGUGCUUUUGAACCAUAAUACAGACAAAAUACUUAUUCUGUUGUGGAGAUUCCACAGUUGCUAUAGUAACACACACAACAACUAUAGUACUAGACCUGUUGUGGUGAUUGUAUAGUUGCUAUGGUAACACAACAACAGCUAUAGUGAUUGUUCUGUUGUGAUUCUACAGUUGCUAUAGUAACACACACAACAACUAUAGUACUUGACCUCUUGUGGCGAUUCUACAGUUGCUAUGGUAACACAACAACAACUAUAAUGGUUGUUCUGUUGUGAUUGUAUAGUUGCUAUAGUAACACACACAACAACUAUAGUACUUGACCUGUUGUGGUGAUUGUAUAGUUGCUAUGGUAACACAACAACAACUAUAGUGAUUGUUCUGUUGUGAUUCUACAGUUGCUAUAGUAACACACAACAACUAUAGUACUUGACCUGUUGUGGCGAUUCUAUAGUUGCUAUGGUAACACAACAACAAUAGUGAUUGUUCUGUUGUGAUUCUAUAGUUGCUAUAGUAACACACACAACAACUAUCAUGCUUGAUCUGUUGUGGUGAUUCUACAGUUGCUAUGGUAACACAACUAUACACAUACACAAGUGAGGCAAUACUGUAGUUUUCUUCAAUUAUAGGGUGUAUUAUACUACAGUACAUCGCAGUUUACUGUAGUAAAAACUAAAGUACACUACAGUAUUCAUUACAGUUUAUCAGUUGACUAUAGUGAGUAUUACAGUAAGCUGGAGCAUUCAUUAACAAAGAGGUAGUAAACAUUACAGUACAUACUGUAUGAUACACUUUACUGUAGUAUGGUUCAAAAACACUAGUGUUUACUAUGCAUUACUGUAGUGUGUUUACAUGAGGAUCAACAGAAAUAAUAAUAAAGUGUGUGAAGAGUGUGUGUUAUGAAGAGACUUUCUGAAAUGUGCUGUCAUCAAUAAAGAUAAUUACCUGACAAUAA